AUGCCACCACCCGCACAGUCUUUUGGAUGCACUAGUGCGGUUACCACGGCCAACCCCUUGUAUGAGGGGCUUGUAAAGGGCUACCUAUCUUUAGAACAUCGCUACAAUAUCGUAGCCAAUGAGCGAGACAAUCUCGUAGAAUCAUUCAGGGCUGGUCUCCUAGAGCCACUCCCGGAAACUCACCACGACCUCCAGGCCAUCAAACAACAUAUCACUGCCACCGAGCAAGCCAGAGAUGCCGCUCUAGCGCAGCAAGCAUCACUCGAGUUGCAAUUUACACAAGAAAUAUUCAGCCUGAGACAGCAGGCCACUAAGGAGAUUUCUGAGCUAAGGGAAACUAUCCAAGAAUUCUCUCGCCGAGAGCAGAAAGCCGCCCAGGCUUUAUCCGGGCUGCAGCAAGUAGCCGCAAAGCAGGCAGACGAACUCUGCAAGGCGGCGCAACUAAACAGGCAGAUCCGCCACUGCAUGGCCGAGAUACGAAAACUCCGAGUUGACAAUAGCUCACUGGCUCGAGAGCUUAAGGAGUGUACCGCGCAGCGAGACGAGGCCUACAAUAUGCUCCCAGGGUCCGCGGUGAAAGAUAUUGGGAUUAUAAACCCAACUAUCGGCCUUUCCCACUGGGAGACUCUCCCGUAUCAACUCGAGCAGGCCCAAGGCAAAAACCAGCAGCCAGAUUCACUCGUAAAGGAGCUGCAGAGCGAGAACUUGCAACUGGCGGCGCAGUCCGUUUCGCUCCAGCGAGACAUUCAGGUCAUGGCAAUGCGUUCCCGCCGCCGUACUAGCAAACUACGUUCCUCACACCUAAACCAAUUACGAAAGUGGAAAUCCCGAGAGAAAAAGGCCCGGAUGAACCUUGAAGCCGAUUUCAAGGCGAGUGUCGCGGCACAAGCCAAGAGUUAUAUUGAAGCGAGGGAGGAAGUAAUCGAGAAGAAGUACCGUAAGAAAUACGGCAAAAUGCUCACGAUUGCCGAGAAGGAAAUGUGCGAGAGAAUGCUCAAACAUGCUGCAUGUUACCGGUCCGAGAAGGAGUGCUCGCCCCUCACAUCCGCCAGCGCCCGAGCUGCCAAGGACGCCGAUAUCGCGGCUUGUCGAAAGCACGAAUGCGUCGCCCUUAAGACCGCAGGAGAUAUGUUAGCGGCGGUUCAUACGGAACACCAGCACGUCUACUAUUCAGCUACGCGGGUGUUCCACCAAAGCGUGCUCGAAGAGGAUCUACUGUCCCUGCGGGUCGCAUGGAAGCGGAGGAGAUUCCAAGAGCGAGCUAUGAAGAACAAGGAGAGGAACCAAACGAUCACAACGACGGCAUAA